GGGAGAGAAACGAAAAGAGAACGAAGGUUUGACACAGCAAACCGGAAAAAUUCCGAUCAGCGGAACGUUUAAAGAGUGUCAGUUGCAGAGCUCUAUUGACCUCCUCCAACAGUCAUUCUCGCUUGCCGGAGAUGUUUGCCUCUGAAGAUAUAUAGAUUUGGACAAUGAAGGUUGGGGUGGAGUUGUUCAGUUGUUGAAAGGGGCAAAGAGAGAGGAUUUUUUUUUUUUGUUGAAGUUUCUUGUGAGUUCAUAUUUCGCAUUCUGUGUUGUUAGGAGAAAGAAACAACGACAGAAUGGUGCUGGUUUUAGCUAUAGGGGACCUUCACAUACCCCAUAGGGCGGCCGAUCUGCCUCCAAAAUUCAAGUCCAUGCUGGUUCCUGGCAAGAUUCAGCAUAUAAUUUGCACUGGCAAUCUCUGUAUCAAAGAAGUGCAUGACUACUUGAAGAGUUUGUGUCCUGAUUUGCAUAUCACCAGAGGUGAAUAUGAUGAAGACUCCCGCUAUCCAGAGACUAAGACACUAACCAUUGGCCAAUUCAAGCUGGGAAUAUGCCAUGGCCAUCAGGUUAUUCCUUGGGGAGACUUGGAUUCACUGGCCAUGCUGCAAAGGCAGCUUGAUGUGGACAUCUUAGUGACUGGUCACACACAUCAAUUCAAAGCCUACAAACAUGAAGGAGGUGUUGUCAUCAAUCCAGGCUCUGCCACUGGCGCUUACAGUAGCUUCACCUAUGAUGUGAAUCCAAGCUUUGUGCUGAUGGACAUCGAUGGUCUACGUGUCGUGGUGUACGUAUAUGAAUUGAUCGAUGGUGAGGUCAAGGUCGACAAGAUUGAUUUUAAGAAGACCGCCAAUCCUCGGUGAUUAAUCAUGUUGAGAAUGUAGAUUGGAGCCCAUUGAACCAGAAGGAAGCGGGGCAUCUGGAUGAAUAAACAGGUAGCGUACUUUCAAUGUUUGUUCUCUCACUGUUCCUGAUUUGCGAGACUUGAUUAGGGUUCAUCGGUGUGGUGUGUACCUUCGUAUAUCCAUUCUCUUUUGUCGUCUCGGUCUUUCGAGUGUUUGGCAGAGUAAAUGUACUCUGUUCUUUCUUUUACAAAACUUUAUUUCCAACUUCAUGAACUGAAUGGAUGUUGAACAGGAGUAGACCAGAGGUAUUAAGAACAGGUUGAACUGAAAUGGGGAUUUAAUCAACUUGAGUUUAAUGUGUUUCUAUUAGUUUCUUGUCCUCAUAUUUCCUCACAAUUUCAAUUUGCUGCUGUUUGUCAAUUUGGUGAAAUAUUAAGACUUCUACUGGGG